AUGUCCGCCUCUGCUUCCCCGCAUUUACCCCGCUGCUUCCCCUCGUUUCCCCCUCUGCUCUCAUCGUUCCCCCCCUGCUUCCCCUCAUUUCCCCCCCCCCUCCUUCCCCUCAUUUCCCCCACUGCUUCCCCUCAUUUCCCUCUCUGCUUCUCCUCAUUUCCCCCCUUGCUUCCCCUCAUUUCCCCCUCCGCUCCUCCUCAUUCCCCCCUUCGCUUCCCCACAUUCCCCCCUCCGCUUCUCCUCAUUCCCCCCUCCGCUUCUCCUCAUUCCCCCCUCCGCUUCUCCUCAUUCCCUCCUCCGCUUCUCCUCAUUUCCCCCUCCGCUUCUCCUCAUUCCCCCCUCCGCUUCUCCUCAUGCCUUCCCAUGCCUCCCCAUGCCUUCCCAUACCUCCCCAUGCAUCCCCAUACCUCCCCAUGCAUCCCCAUACCUCCCCAUGCAUCCCCAUACCUCCCCAUGCAUCCCCAUACCUCCCCAUGCAUCCCCAUACCUCCCCAUGCAUCCCCAUACCUCCCCAUGCAUCCCCAUACCUCCCCAUGCAUCCCCAUACCUCCCCAUGCAUCCCCAUACCUCCCCAUGCAUCCCCAUGCCUCCCCAUGCCUCCCUCCGUGCACCCCCUUCAUCGCCUGCAUCAUGUCUUGCCCCCAUCAGGUGGUGGACGAGGCGGACCAGCUGCUGCACCAGUUCUUUCGCACAAUUUGGGCUGCCGGCUUUAAUCUUUCGCAAACGCCUCCGCCGAUCCGACGUUCCCCUGGCGCUGUCAGCUUGCGCCUCCUUGCCCCCUUCCCAUCCAACUAG